AGCAGGUGAGCUAAAUACAGAGAAAAAUACAGUAAACAACCUCCAACAAGCUCAAACUGAGACAGAGACGUUAGGAUUUGAGGAAGACGUUAUGACUGAAAGUGGCCUAAAGACAGCUGUUGAGUCAGAGAAAGAAAGUGAGACUGCAGAGUUUGAGGAGUCAAAGGAAGAGGAAAAGGAGGAGAAGACAGAGGCAGAGAAUGGGAAGAAGGAUGAUUUAAAGGAGGUUGAAGAGAUACAGGAAGAGGAGAAAGAGCAGGAAGUGGAAGAGGGAAAAGAGGAGGAAAAGCCUGAUGAGGCAGAAGAAUUAAAGGAAAAGGAGAAGCAGCAGGAAGUGGGGGAAAUACAAGAGGGGGGGCAGGAAGAGGAGGAGGAGUUAAAGGAAGAGGAAAAGCAGGAGGAAAUGGAGGAGAUUAAAGAAAGGGAGAAACAGGAGGAGAUCAAGAAGUUAGAGGAGGAAGAGAAAAAAGAUGAGGUGGAGGAUAAAGAGAAGAAGCAAGAGGAGGUGGUUGGGUUAGAGGAAGAAGAGAAGAGGGAGAUGGAAGAGUUUAAGGAGGAUGGAAAGCAGGAGAAACAGGAGGAGUUAAAGGAAGAAAAUAAAAAAGAGAAGAAGGAAGGUGAAGAAAAUCAGGUACAGUUGUCUCAUGUGGAGGUGCAGGUGGAAAACACUGGGAUUAGCAGGUCAGAGUCAGAAAGAAGUGAGAUGCAAGAUGAGAACACAAAGACUGAAAAAACACAGGAGGAGGAAGAAAAGGUUGAGGAGGAGAAAAAGAAGGCUGAGGAAAUGCAGCAGGCGAAUGAUGUUGAGGACGACAGGAGGGAAAAAGAGGAAGAGGAGAGGCCUAAAUGUUUAAACGAGCAACAUCCUCAAGCUACUGACAAUCAACCUGUGAGAGACAGAGAAGAAAAUACCUCUGAGGAUGGAUCGAGUUCAGCAGAUGAAGGGACAAACCAACCAGCAAAUGAAAAUGAUCCAAUAUUAGCAGACAGGACAGGAGAGAUUCAGACAACACCCUCUGAGGGAACUGACAGAGACAGAAUACGACAAGAAGAGGAUGGUUUGGAAGCUGGUCAGACAGAAGACGUUGAUCUGCCACAUUCAGGUGAGAAUGGCCACCGUGGUCCGCCUCAUGAAAUUACAGCUGAGAACAGAGAACAUGGUCAUUUGGCAAAAAACACUGACCUCUCUGAUGACAAAGUACUCUAUCAGGGGAAUAAUACAAAGCCUGAAGACACUGAAACUAACAACAGUGAGAAGAAACCAGAGCGCUCCAAUCAUAUGACAGACACAGAGGAGGAUGUUGAUGUAAGAAGGACUGAGAACGUGGAUUCACAAAUGAAGAAUAACAAUGAAGCUACACCUGUUGUCAAAAGCCAGGCUGUCAUAUCUGAACAAAUUGUGCCACAUGUGUCUAAAGAUCCUACUGGAUCUUCACUUCUGUCUGAUGAUCGCAAUAAAAGAACAGCAGAGGCUGAAAGUGGAGGAGCAUUUGGUCUUUUCACAAAUGCCUUUAGUUUUUUCAGCCAAACACCUGUCACUGAAACAAAGGACUCUAUUAAUUCUGCCCUGAGUUUGGAUGCUAAUGCAGAUGAGACAUCUCAGCCACAAGCCUCUCCGACUCUUGAGCAAGAAAUGGACUCUGGCCACUGAUUCAAAUCAGGGAGAUUUGGGCACAGACUCUUCUGUCGGCAUGCCCACAGAGCAGCCACAGCUUUCACCUUCCUCUGCCGAAACCCAGACACCAACUCCAUCCCAUUCUCAUCUCCAUACUCCGUCUCCGAACACAGAAACCCCCCUCCAAACAAAAACCCUCUCUAAGUACUACAAAAACCUACUCGCCUACAUGAGUGCAGAUGAAACAACUAUUUUGCUGGAGUUCUUUGGGCGACACAAGCUGCAGUUUUUGGAUUAUAUGCUGGGAAACUCAGAAACUGUGACUGAAGAUCCUGAUAAUGAUGAAUCUAUACUGUCGGAUAUAGAAAGACUUCUGCAUUAUCACAGGGAGACGCUGGUAGCUCCUAACAUGAGGCUGACAGAUGCACCACAGGAGGACAAGGAAAAGACUAGAAUGCUCAUUGCUCUUCAGAAACUAGAAAUGCUGAUUACAAGAGUGAGAGAGACAUUCAACACGGGAAAAUCAGACACUAGUGAAGGAAACUAUCAAGCUGAGACCAGCUGUGUCGGUGCAUCCUGUUCAACUCACAGUAAAGAUCAAGACAAGAGCAUUGUGGAAGACUCAAGGAAAAUAGGAAAUGUGAAGAAUGAUGGACAAAAGCGUGGAAAAGAGAGAGAAGCUGCUGAUGAAAAAAGAAAAAGAGGUGAAGAAGAGAGCAUGCCCCCUGUAUCCCAUCCUCUCAGUCAGCCAGAAUCAUCACAGCCACUGGAAGGGAUAAUGAAGCAAAUCCUGGACUUGGUUCAUCAGAUCACUGAAGACUCAGCCACUCAUGUUCAUGCAGUGAGGGAGCUCCUCACAUGGAUUACUGUACAGGUUGUAUCAUCGCUGCCUGAUGACAUCAGACCCGGGCCAGACUUGUACGGGGUGCCAUGGGAACCAGUCAUCAUCACCAGUCUGGUGGGGUUGGUGACAGUGCUGUUGUUCACCUGUAGAUGUUACAGCUCUGUCAAAAGCAGAUUGUAUAGAAGUAAAGAGCGGUGGAUGGCUGAACAGGUUGCACAGUUGCUGGAUGAGAAGUGUAAAGUCCUUGAGACUCUCAGUAAAUGUCAACAAGAGCAUGAUGACCUGGAGGAUUCACUGAGGGACAGUGGUGUUUUGGCCCAAACUCAAAAGACAGAACAUCUUGAGGUUAAAGCAAGACAGUUAGAACAUGCUAAAAAGGAGCUGGAGCGGGAUCUUGAACAACUGAAGGAUCAACUGGACCGGCAGAAAGAGCACAGGAUAGAGCAAGAAAGGAGGAUAGCAUUGCUUGAAGAGAGCAUGAAAACAUUUGAAGAGGAAACCAAAAACCUCCAGUCGCAGGAAGAGCAGGCACAAACUACUCUGAAAGUGUACAGUAUGAACAGUGACAGACUCCAGAGGAAACUGGAAACAGCUGGAGAGGAGAACACACUGCUACAGGAGAGCAACGCUCAGUUGAGGCAGCAGGUGGAGGGAUGGGCAGAAAGAGUUAGUGAGUUGGAGGCGGAGAUGCAGAGGUGUGAGGUCGCCCACAGCGCGAUGCAGCAGGAUGUGGCCAAUAAGGAUGAGCGUAUAAUGUCCCUGACAGACCGCCUGCUGAGUAUGAAAGGGUGGAAUUCAGAUCUGGAGGAAGAAGAAGGAGAGGAAGGAGCAGCAAAGGAGACAUCCAAUGGGGCACCAGGAAAAGAAGGAGAGAAUGGAAGGGGGGACCCAACAGACACGCAAGGCCAUUUCCAGAAAGUCCAGAAACUCAUUUAUGCUGCUAAGCUGAAUGCAGACCUCAAAUCAGUCGAUGAAGACAAGGACAGAGUAUUUGCCAAACUGAAUGAUGAAGUCAAAGCUAAAGAAGACCUGCAUGUGAGCAUUAAGGAGCUGGAGAAUGAGAAAUCAUCUCUGCAGUCAGAUGCUGAGCACUACUCCAGUGAGGUCCAACGAUUACAACAGAAGCUCCAGAUUAUGACAGAAAUGUACCAGGAGAAUGAGCUCAAGCUGCACAGACUGCUGACAGUGGAGGAGAAGGAGCGCCUGCAGAAAGAAGAGAAGUUAAAUAAAGCGGACAAAAACAUUGCAAUGGCCAUGGAAGAACUCAACAACUACAGACAACGAGCAGAAGAGAUGGAAGAAGAACUGGAGAAAACCAAACAGUCUUACCAGACCCAAAUAUCAGCACAUGAGAAGAAGGCUCACAAUAACUGGCUGGCAGCCCGAGCAGCAGACAGAGACCUAGCAGACAUCAGGAGAGAGAAUGCCCUCCUGAGACAGAAGUUGACAGACACACAGUUUAAACUAGACGCCCUUGACAAAGAUCCAUACGCCUUGGACAGCCUGGCUAGACCAUUACCUUUCAGAGCUGAAAGGUCACCUUAUGGUCCUUCUCCUCUGGGUCGACCAGCUUCUGAAACCAGAGCUUUUCUGUCUCCUCCUACAUUAAUGGAUGGACCACCUGCUAGAUUGUCCCCCAGAGCGGGUCGUGGUCCCAUGGAGCCCCCAGGUGGCCAAGCAGAGAUGGAGCGGAGUGGAGGUCCUCACUCAGACAGUGGUUCAAUAUCUCCUACAUGGGAGAGAGAUCGCAGGGGACCCCCACCGGGACCUCCAGGACCACUCGGGCCCCCUGGGCCCCUAGGACCUCCAGGUUAUAUGUUUCCAGAACCAGGAGGUCCCAUGUACAGGAGACCUCCUCCUGGCUCCCUCCCACCUGGCCCUCCUCUUCCCCAUCCAAGGGGUUUCCCCUCUGCUGGUCCACCAGGACCUCCCCACCCUGCAGACAUGCAAGAUGGCACAUAUAGAGAAAACAGCCUUGGACCUGGUGAACAGGAACACAGAGAGUCUGGUCCUGGUGAUCGAAGGACUCCCCCUGAAGCAGAUCCAAGGAUUGGGGGCCCACCCCCUCCUGGACCCCCAGUGGGCCCCAUGGAUGGUCCUUUUCCUCGUAGAGCUCCCUAUGGACCCCCACGUCCUGAUUUCUACCCUCCCAGGGGACCUGGGGGCCCUCCCAUGAUGCCUAUGUGGGCUCCUCCACCUCCAGGGAUGAUGUUCCCCCCUCGUUUCCCUCCCGGUGGACCUCCUCUUCCUCCAGGUUCUCAUCCUCGCUACGGUCCCCCCAUGCGGCCCCUUCCACCUGACGGCCUCCCACCUCCAUCCAUGGGUCCUCCUCCUCCUCAGCAGUCCCUCCCCUCCCCACCACACAGCCAGUCACCAGAGGAGCACAGACCAUCACCUGAAGACGCCAUUUGAUCCUGACCAAGUUUCUACCUGAGCUGUGAGAUGACGCAUUUCUGGUCAGUGGUAGAUGGAUGACAGGCAGGUUGCAGUUUUCUACUCUUAUAUUAUCUGUAACAUCUAUUUAUUAACUAGGAGAACAUAUUUAAUGAAUAGUGUUAUCAGACAGGAAACAUCAGCCUUCAUCGUUAGCCUGUUCUUUUGCUGUCUGUCUUUUUCGCUUCUGUCUUUCUCCUCUAGCCUUCUCUCUCUUUGUUAUUCUCACUCUCUGCCCCAUCAUCAUCCAGCUACAUCCCCAAUUGUUGUGGAGUCACGGUGACAGCGGUUAGGCUCUUGCUUACUUGUGUAAAUUCACAGGCAGCCUAAUCUGUAUGUGUGUGUGGGAAUGUUGCCACUUGAACCAGAAACAGUUGUUUGUGUGCUUGAUAAUGCCAGAAAGCUUUUUGAUGCGACUUAGGUUGAAAUGUGUGCAUAUAGAAAUGCUGCAUGUGAGAGAGAAUGGAGUGUAUAUGGAAUCAGUCGACAUUUCAUCCCAAUGGCACAGAAAGAGAAAUCUAAAUGAUCAUGAACUACCAGGGAAGAAAUACAUAUUUGUAUUUUUUAUUACCAACCAAAUUUAGCCACUUAGCAUCUGUUGUUGCUGAAAUGAGAUCACACCAGAUCUUGUUUUCUCUGUGACUGAACUGAGUUGAUCUUAAACUCUCCUACAUAUUCCCCAGCGGUUUUCUUAAAAUAUAAUUACAGUGCAUAACUUAAUUUCACUGACUUUCCUGUGGGAUUUGGAGGUUUCGGAGCAGCUAAUAAACAGUGCUUCUGACCUUGUUACAGUGACUUGCAUACUUUAUGGCCCGUGCUUGAAAAAAGUGGCUGUCGACCUGACAGUCACAGAUUGAUGAAUAAAAUGGACUGACUGGAAGAGAAGCUACCUUCAUAGUCAGAGAACUAUGUGAAUUUUGUAAAAAGUGAUUAUUAAUAGAUGAAUAAAGACUGUCAAAUUGUCAA